UUCGUUUGAUUUCCAAGAAACAGAGGGGACCCAAUCCCCAUCUCCCACAAUCUGUCAGUCUUCUCCAGUAGUGGUAAAGUACCAUUUCAAAAUCCCCCCAUUUGCCCAAAUACAACCACAAGACAAAAAGAGAAAGAGAGCUCUUAAAAAAGAUUCCUCAAUUUUGAGAUUUUGAGAGAGAAACAGAGAUCCCAUAUUUCUUUUGCAACUCUACUACUACAACAAUCCUAGCCUUAGCCUUAUACCAACAACAUGCCAUCAGGUGCUAAGAAGCGAAAAGCUGCCAAGAAAAAGAAGGAAUUGCAAGCUAAAGAGCCCCCUAAUCACUCUGUUCUUGCUAAUUCUCAUGGAGAGGAGGAUUUGAAAUAUGAGGAUAAAGAGAGUGAUAGUGAGGGUGGUUCCCCUGCUUCACAAGAUCACAAGAAUCACCAAAACCAGUUCACUGAAAUGGAGGUAGAAAAUGGGGAGAAGCAAUUGGAUGUUUCACAUGAUCGUUCAAUUGACGAGAACAAAUCCAAUGGAGUGAAAGAUGAAGGCAAGGAAGUGGAGAUAGUUGGAAAAGAGGAUGGAGAUGUUGUGCAGGUUGAAAGGGAAUUGAAGAUUGAGGGCGAAUCUGACAGCCAGAAGAUAAAUGUUGAGUAUGUUGAACCCAUGAUUGAGUCCAACAGAGAAGGGUUGCGAAGGAGUUCUAGUAGCAGCAGCAGUAGUAGUAGCAGCUCAGUUGAAAAAUAUGCUGUUGCUGAUAAGAAUAACAUUGUUGUUGAUAAUGCUUCAGUUGUUGAAUUGGUGAAAGAAAGUGAUUCUUUGCAUGAUACACAAGUUACUGCUAGUAUUGAGGGAACGACUUCUGCUUCUAACUUGGAUAAGGCUGCAAUAUCAGAAGACGUAGUUCAAGUGACAACAAGUGCGUCAGAUGCUGAUAAUGUGACCGGAUCAACUGUUGAACCGGUGGUGAAGGAAAAAGGGGAAGAGAAUCUGUAUGUUGUGGAUGAGAAAGAUACAGCUUUAGAUACUGUUAUGGAAAAUUGGGAAGAAAAUUUGGAUGUUGUAGUUGACAAAACUAUUGUUUCAGAAGUGCUGGUGGAGACGAGUUUAGAGAAAAGAGAUGAAGCAGCUAGUGCAGUAUCAAAUGGUAAUGCUGUAGAAAAUACAGAUACAAAGGCUUCUGCAACCGUAGAAAAUGAAGACAAAGUAGAGCCGCCCCAUAAUGCUCCUAGAAUUGAUGUUGGUGUUUGUGCAGAUAAUGUGAAAGAAUCUUCAGCUAAUGAAUCCCAUGACCAUCAGUUAAAGGUGGCGCUGCCUUCACGACCAGUGCAAACAACUUGCUGGAAGGGUUGCUGUGGCUUGUUUGAGUUGUUUGCAGGAUCAAAUAGAUAAAGCAAUAAGCAUGAAGCUGAUUGAAUGGAAUGGAGUAGCAGCAUUUGGAAUUCUAGAAGUUAAAUGAUCUCCUUCAUGUUCUUGAACAGUGUUAUGCUAGGGUCUUUAUAGAAACUUAUAUGUUCAGUAGUCCUAGUUUAGUUUGAAAGCAGCUUAGAACUCCUCGUCUCUUAGCUACUGUCCUGUUAUUUUGCAAUGGUAGCUUAUUUUCUUGUAUGGUCUAUUGGUUUGAUGUAUCUGCUCCUCGGCAGUUGGAAGACCCGUUUUAUGUUUUUCUGUUGCAUAGGAAACUUGGAAUUGUUGUUCAUCAAAUUUUCACCACCAUAUACUAUAAUACCUUGGGGCUUGGACAUAGGCUUCGAAAUUUGUUAUUA